CCGCGCUGCGUACCAUCGUUCAUCCUCAAAUACACGCGUUCGUUCUUGUUCCAUUUCGGUCGAGGCUGGUGUAGUUGUCAGCGCUGUGCAGACACGUCUCGCGAGAAGAGGAAAAGAGAAUGAGGUUAAAUUCGUACGUACCGGUCUCCAUUCGCCUCGCGCGACAUCAGCACGAUAUAUGGGAAAGUUGGAAUCCUGCUCUUGGGGGGUGCCCGGAGUGAUGGGCGUUUCGACGUCCUGUUCCAGUUAGCAAGCAUGACUGGAUGAAUUCGAUUCCGCGCUUACAUCGAGACUGUCGUUUGUUCCCAUAUCUGCCUUCUCCUCGGUGUUGGCGGCACUGUUGCUUUCCAUUUUUCGCUGCAGGUGAGAAGCGGGUUCCAAACUGAAACUCUUCGUUCAGCCUUGCUUUAUAUAUCGAUCAGUUACAAGAGCACCUUUCCUCCGGCCGUAACAUUACAAAGAUACCUCCAGGCAGCAACAAGGCUGAAAGUCUCACGAACGAGAUUGAACGAACAUCAUGUGUGAUUUAGCGCUUGGGGCGCCGCAGCUGAAAGCGCUACGAACGGUGAUGGAGCGCUGCGCCCCACCGCCCACCGGACAACUUUGGGGGCCAGAAUGCCCAUCGCAAAGAAGAAUAGCGCGUCUUUGAAGCGUUGAGAUAAGCACAGCUUGAGAAGCCAGAGUGCAAAACUUUUCCCGGGUUUCACUGGGUAGGUAAGACUUCUUUCUUCCCGUUGAAAUACUCCUCGGAGGUCAGGCGUUCGUCAGACGGGGUGAUGGCUUCAGCCUUGCUCCAGUCAAACAGCUGCACAUCUGGAGGGUUUUUCACGUGGAAUCGCUCGCUACUUGGGGGCAGCUUUAGUUUGUCAGACGGAGAUGAUGGCGUCGAACUGUCUGUCCUGGACAGCUCUCGCGCUCGUUUUAGUUCCUUCUGUUCGCGCACGCGAGCGAGUACAGGUCGCAGGCGUUUCGCCAAAUGUACCGUCCGUAUAAACUCCGCCAGUUUGUCGUUUGGACCGCGCAUGUUCUGCAUUUUUACUUGCUGCACGAACGGUAUCCAUUGUAGUGAUUUGGCCACCCUGUUGAGUUCUGUGGUGUCGAGACUUUUGGUGAAGUGGAAUCGCACAUCGAUCAUGUACUCGGAAUCAACCAGUUCUUCCGUAGUCUUUUCUUUGGUCCGGCAUGGCCUCAGCCAGAUUCUUCCGUAGUCCAGUUUAGAUUGCACGAAAUGGUAAGGUUUGCGAGCGUGAUGCUGUUUCAUGUAGAUCUUACUGUAUAAAUGAGAUGUAUUGAAGCCUUCGGGAGAAUUUUCGAUCAUCUCUCUGAGCGCAUUGAUAAGCAUCAUCGUAAAAGAUCCCUCCUGGCCUGGUGCUCGUGCAUAUGAUCCCUCUGCAAUGGAACACAUAAGCUCACUUUUUCUGCUGCU